AUGUGUAAUGCAUUUGAAAAGGUAAAUGUGUUAAUUGUGGGUUGCGGUGGUUUAGGUAAUGAAGUGAUAAAAAAUUUAAUAUACAUGAACAUAAAAAAUAUGUCUAUCAUUGAUUAUGACACAAUUGAAGUAAGUAAUUUACAUAGACAACUAUUCUUCACAAAUAAAGAUAUAGGUGAAUAUAAAGUGGAUGUAAUAAGUAAGAGAAUAAAUGAAAAAUAUAAAGAUAUUUUCAUACAUAGCUAUAAGAAAAACAUUGAAUUUUUUGAUGCCCCUUUUUUUGAAAAAUUCGAUUUUAUUAUUGGCUGUUUAGAUAAUAUAAGCAGUAGGUUGUAUAUUAAUAAUUUAAUUUUUAAUUUAAAAAAAAAAGAAAUUAUUUACAUAGAUGGAGGUGUAGAAGGAUUUAAGGGUAGUAUAAAAAUCGUCAACACGAGAAAUAAUUUUGCAUGUCUGCAGUGCACUGUCGAAAAUUACGCAAACGUGAAUACUACUGCUAUGGCUACUAUUACUACUGCUACGUCUACUAUUACUACUGCUAUUAAUAGUAAUAACAGUAAUAAUAGUAAUAGUUAUAGUUACAGUAGUAAUAAUAUUAAGGAUACCUUUCCAGUCUGUUCUAUUAUUAAUAAACCCAAAACACCCGAAGAUUGUAUUUUAUAUGUAAUGAAUAUUUCCUUUGAAAAAAUUAAAAAGGAGAAAUUUGAUGUCAAUAAUGAAAACCAUAUAAUAUGGGUGUUUGAAGAGGCAAAGAAAAGGGCACGUCACUUUCACAUUGAUGAUGUUUCCUAUUCCUUAACGGAACAGGUAGUAAGAAAUUCGAUUCCAACGAUUGUCAGUACGAUUAUGGUAAUAGCUUCACUGAUAACAAGUAAGCUGUACUACUUUGUUCUGAUGAGUGAGAUGGGGAGCUCUAACAGUUUGGGAAGCAUUCACAGUUACACACAUAAUUAUAGUGAUAUUCUUUACGUAGGAGAUAGGGGCUUCUAUUUAUACUAUUACAAAAUUUACAAAAAUCCGCAUUGUGUCAUGUGCAAUAAAAAACGGGUAUAUUUUACUUUUAAGAAAACUGAUACUUUAAAUAAACUGGUCCAACUGAUUAGAGAAAAAUAUAAUUCUGAUAAAAUUAACAUUUCUUCUGAUUCAUCCAUAUUAUUCUUAACAUCAAAAUAUAUUAGUGGAAAAACUUAUGAACAAAAAUUAAAUAGCACCUUUCAACAAUUAAUAGAUAAAGGGGAGAUAACACAAAGGGGAUGCUUGAAUAUUCAAACAGAAAAAUUUAAUUUUCUUUUGUUUCUUGACUUUAAGUAA